GAAUGGAUCAACUGAUGUAAUCCCGUCUUUGCAACCGAAAGUUUCUAUAAGCUUUACCCCCUCUUGUUCUUUCGAGUAACGCAGAUAUUUUUCUUUCCAACCCUUCAUGGACAUGAGGUGGUCAAUGAGUUUCCUUGGAAUCUUGAUGUCAUACUGUUUGCAUGGUAAGAAAUUUUUUGGAUCCAUAAAUAUUUUUAUUGUGUUCCGUACUUUUGUAAACAAAAGCAUUUUUUCUUCAAAGCAAUUAGUUGUAGACCUGUAAGUUUUGCGAAUUUAGUGAGCCGGUGGAAAUUUAAUUAAAACCUUCUUUCCUUAAUCAGCAUCUGUUAUUUAACAAAAUACUUAACAAUCAGGUUGCUCUUUUACGCUUCAACGAUUGUUAUUUAGAAAACUUGUUGUCAAUUACGGGUGGGUUAUGUUCUGCUUCAUAGGUGGUAGGUCGUGCAAUGAAACAAGUUGCCUUAUUUGUUAUUAAGUCUAUACUUUAGGAGAUAAGAUCAUUGGGAAUCUACGAUAUAGAUUUGGAAACGCUUGAAUCCUCCAAUCUUUAAGGUCGUAUUUAUCUGGCCAAGAGGAGAGUUUACGCGUCAUUUCGGUAACAGCGUAAUUUCUAUGCGAAGCAUGAAACUUCAUCGUACUAAAGCUAUCAGUGUGCGUUUGAGAAUCUCGUUUUUAAAUUUGAAUCUCGAAAUCUCGCUGCAUUCUUCUAUAGCUAAUUGACGGUGCACUGAGUCAGAGACGCAUUCCUUUUGUGGAAAGGUGUCUGAAUCGAGCAAGACAUAGUAUUACUUAAUCGCUCCAUGUAAGGGAAUCAAAGACAAUACGUCUUGGAUUCUGGUUUCCAAGCCGUAGAUUCCGGAUUCCAGCGACUGGAUUUUACCCUUUGUUAGUGGAACUUGGAUUCUCGAUUGCAAACGUUAGUGAGAUUCCGGAUUUCUUAAGCUGAAUUCCGGGAUUCAAAGAUCAGGAUUCCGGAUUCGGAUUCCGAUGCCGAAUCUGGGCAUUGUCAAUUAAAUGAGUUUUCUUCGUCUUGGCCUCUAAUUUUUUGGAGUUUCAACUUUAAUUCUUAUUACUUCACCACUAUGGCUUCUUUCACAAGAGUGCCUGUAAGGAAUCUCUGUAAUUCAAAGAUUUCACAUCAUUUUCCAGGGAUCCAUGGAGCUCCGAGCCUAGGGUCAUUCGAAAGUGCUGAGCCUCCAAGUGCCUUAAAAGUGGUAAGGACAGUAUCACAAGGGAUCCAUUGUCAUUCAUUAAAGAGGCCAACAGUCUGUGCUGUAGUCAUUACUUAGUACCUUUACCCUUGCAUAAAAUGCUCCUCUGGAGUUAUUAAACUUAUACUACUACAUGAGAAUUUCUGCAAUUUGAUUGGCUUAGAGCAGUGGUAUUUCAGCUUAAUUUGAAAUACCUACAUGUGAAAAUUACAAACCUUUGGCGGGUCGUAGUAUAAACAAAUAAUAGCAUGAUUUGUAUGUGAUAUUUGGCAUAAAUACCACUUCACUACAAAUCAUGCUAUUACCUAUACAAAUUUCAUCAGGGAGCACUAGCCAUAAUAUUAUUUUUGGAGGUUUUUGCAGGAAUAGCAUUAACGCUUAAAAAGUCGGCGUAACUUUUUCAAUAUUCAAUCCAUGUUUAUCCUUGCCACCCAUAGCAAAAGACCAAAGGAAAAAGUUUCAAUAUCUAAAUAUAGUCUAGAAUAACAAAACUGUACCAUCAGUUUUGAGAUGCAAUUAAUGAGAGGCCGCGUAUUAGCUUUUUAAAAUGAUAAUAGCAUAUGGUGUGGCUUAGCUCCUUCGAUGCCUUAUUACCUGCAUAGAGGGAGGGUGAAAUAGCUUACCAGGAAGUGCUGCCCUAAGAUAGUCAAAUUUCUUAUUUAUUUUUUUCAAAAAGCAAUGGACCUUUUGUAUGCUAUACAGUGUUUUUCCUCUUACAUUUCCUGGUUUGGCCAGGCACAUUGUGGCUAGCGGAAAUGAAGGCCGCAUAUUAAAAAAUUGACCUGUUUUGUACCGUGGGGAACUGGGUAUAAGACAGAACAUUGGUUCUCACAACAAGACCCAUAUACUACGAAAGCACACACGGAGAUGUGCAAAUUCACAAAGUUUGGUGUCUGUCGAGGUACGACUAUUCGAACCCACCAAAAUUUGAUAAAGACAAGUGUCUGGAGAUCCAUAUAUUCAACUAUUUGAAUGGUCGUAUCUCGACUAAAUUUUACUUGACAAAAGUCCCAAACUAUUUUUAAACUAUUUUUAAAUUGUUGACAUAUAAAAUACUAAAACAAUUAUCUUCGCCUGGUCGGUUCAAAACAGUUAACAAUUAUUGGACAAGGUCGAGCAAGUUCAAUAAUUGUUUAUCCGUUGGUCACUGAGUUUGUUUUUUAACGAAUAUCUUCGGCAAGCGGAAAGCGCGCUGCUUUAUAGGAGUAAUGACAGAGAUCAAAUAAUUUCCUUCUGAUUUCAAUAACUUGUUCUUUCGACUUAAUACAGUUAACCGUUCCAUAACAAAAUGUAUCCGUCAAUUAAGUUUACAGUCUUCUUACAAUCUUUAUCAAAUCACUAUUCCGAGAGCUUGGAUGCACGAGAAAGGGUGGUGUGAUUUUGCCGCGCUCUCCUGGUUGAAGUAAGUAGGUUCGCUAAAGCACCCUUCCUUUAUGUAAACGGGCCCUUGGGCUAUAUGGAGUUAAAGUACGGCUUAAACUCCUAGGAAUCUAUUAACCAAUUGUUUACUUUUAUCUUUUGCCCUUAGCAUAGCAAUAUAGUUUGUGAAGGACAGAAAGCUUACAUAAAAUGCGAAAGCAUUUUCGACCAAAUCGAAAUAAUGGGAACGAUGUAUGGUCGUAAAGAUAAAUCAACCUGCGUCCACCCGAGCAUUCCUUCGGAAAAACAAUGUCAGGAACAGGAAACCCAAGUUAUUGCUCAUGUGAGAGGCCUGUGUGAUGGGGAACGCAAAUGUGAGGUGGCUGCAAACAACCAGUUCUUAGCGAAGGCUGGAACCACCAUUUGCCCUGAAGUGUACAAGUAUCUGGACAUAAAAUACAAGUAAGGUUAUAACUGACCACUUUGUCUCUUUUUACCCUGGCCCCAGUUGUUUAAAAGGUGGAUAGCGCUAUUCACAGGAUAAAUCACUACUCAGUGGAUAACACACUUGGUUUCCCUAUCUCUUUAUUCACUGCACUGGAUAGGGAUUUAUCCAGUGGAUAGCGCUCUCUAUCUUUUUGACAACUGGGGCCAGGGCCUAGUGGAUCAAUUGAGGUUUCUGUGUGACUGACCACCUACCCAUCCCCUAACGUCUACAUUGACACUUACUUCUCACUUAGGGCAAAAUUGUGACUUAAGGGAGGGAUAGGUGGUCCGUUGUAGCAAAGACAUUUUCUAGUCGCCUGGCACUUCAUUUUAUCGCCGGUUUCAAGUUAAUUUCUAUCCUAUUCCCAUACGCAGGAUUUCUUUGCUGGCGUCAAAAUGUGGGAAGUAUUAAACUGACUUAAUUAAGAAUUAUACAAAUUUUACAGGUGCGUGCCUCGAACUUCCUAUUCGAACGUAGACGGUGGUUCGGAAAAUGGCCAAACAGUGAGUGAAGUCAUCACCACAAACGGGGCGGGUCUGUCUUCCUCAUCAGUCACAUCAUCCACCUCAACCUCUACCUACUCUUCGGUCCCUGAAAUCACAGUACAAGAGCACGUUAGCACCGAGCCAGUCACUACUGCUACAUCACAAGGAUCUGUUACACCAAUUGAUACCCAUAAGGACGUCACAGAGGAAUUCACUCAAUCUGAAGGUACCUCUGACGUCAUAUCAGAGACGUUUCCAAGCAACGCAGGGACUUCUUCACCGGAGGAGGUUAACGAGACGUAUAAAAAGUCAGAAACACCCCCAAGACCGGACGAAGUCGACGAUGGAUUGGAAGAAGGAGAAGAAGAGAAAAGCGGCUCAGGGGAACUAGACGGAUUUGAUGAAGAGCCUGAUGAUGCUUUGUACAGAAGAUGA